AUGCUAACACUCACAAACCUGUGCGCCAUUUUGGGCGCCGGCUUUAUUGGAAGGGAAGUUCAGACAGACUCUCUGGCCAGUAUCAACCAUGUUGUCCUAUUCAUGCAGGAGAACCGAGCUUUUGAUCAUUAUUUUGGCACCAUGGCUGGCGUUCGAGGUUUCUCCGAUCCUAACGUCCAGAUCAAUCCUAAUGGUAAACCGGUUUGGUAUCAACACGUCAACAGCACUAUGACCAACGACACGGACUACUUGCUUCCAUGGUACCUGAACUAUCUUGGUGGCAAAUGGUUGAACGCUACUCAAUGCAUGGACGCGGGAUCUAAUGGAUAUGAAGAGAAUCAUCUCGCCUAUAAUUUCGGCCUCAACGAUCACUGGGCUUUGAAUAACACCCCGUGGAGCUGGGGCUACUAUAAAAGGAGUGAUCUUCCAAUUCAAUUCGCUCUUGCUGAAGGCUGGACGAUUGGUGACAUGUAUCAAGAGAGCGUUAUAGCCUCGACGAACCCGAACAGGGUUACGUGGAUCAGCGGAUCUAUCAAUGUUCCUGGCUCUCCGCAGAAGGCUGACCAGGGUGGUGUCUACAUCGACAACCAUGAAGUCCCUGGUUGCGAAGCACCAGGCCUGAACUGCUACCCGUUGUCGUGGAUGACUUGCCCGGAGAUCUACCAGAAAGCAGGUGUGACGUGGCAAGUCUACCAGGACACCGACAACUUUGAUGAUAAUCCACUUGCCUGGUUCAAGCAGUUCCAAACGGCUAAAAAUGGGACUGUACUCCAAGAACGGGGUAUGUCCUAUCUCGGUCUCAACGCCUUCUACGAGCAAGCUGCCAAUGGCACCCUUCCAAUGAUUUCGUAUGUCGUUGGGCCCACGGAGCUCUCCGAGCACCCUCCCUACUCUCCACACGAUGGAGCAUGGCUUCAACAACAAGUCGUCAACGCCGUGACCAAAGGAAAGAACUGGAACAGUACUGCUCUGAUCAUCAGCUACGACGAGACCGGUGGCUGGGGUGAUCACGUCUCUCCAUACCACUCCCCCAACGGCACAUCCGGCGAAUGGCUCGAAGACCCAUAUGGUAUGUUUGGGUACACUUUCGCCGGGCCCGGCUUCCGUCUUCCGUUCUAUAUCAUCUCCCCUUGGACACGUGGUGGUCACGUCUUCACGGAGAAAUGCGACCACAACUCUCAAAUCAUGUUCAUUGAGAAGUGGUUGGCUGCCAAAGGUAUCGACGUUGUUACCAACCAAAUGCCGGCCUGGCGUCGGGAACACAUGUCUGACCUCACCGCGGCAUUUGACUUCUCGGCACCAAACACAUCCAUCCCUUCGAUCCCUGUGGCUCCCGUCCCGCACAAGGACAAAUCGGGCGUCUGGGAUGGGUCUUCGCAUUGUGAGGCCCAGUAUGCAGUCCUGCGCCCUCCCGUCCCUUACGCUGGCCAAACCGAAGCCGAAUCCCUGAUCUCAGAAAAAGGCUUUAAGCCCGUUCGUGGAUACCUCACCGAAGGGCGCUACCUAACCUUCGAGGCGUCCGGCUUUGCCUUGUCCAACCCGGGCGCUGGAGCCACAACAUUCAACGCAACGAAAGCAACAUCCACUCACUCGGCAAUGGCUCAGCGUUGGAUCAUCCACGAGACUGCAACGGAUAGCAGAUUGUACACGAUCAGCAGUGCAGUGGAUGGAAGAUACAUUGGUUCGCAGAUGAAGUUGGUGUCCAAGAAUGAGGCGCUGGUGUAUAAUAUCACGUACUUUGGUGGUGGCAAAGGCUAUCACUUGCUCAGCGGUGGCAAGUACAUUACGAUUGAUAGGAUCGGAAAUGUGGUGAUGGCGGGGUCGGGACAAGGGUUCUCGAUUUACAGCGUUACCUAG